GUCAGAGCCCACGCCGCCAGCACCUCGUCACUGAUCGUGUGAGACGCCACAGUAACACCAUUACAUGGACUCGCGAUCUUCUUGAAUAAUAAACGCUGCUAGAUGCUCUGGCAUCCAGUAAUAACGUUAUUGAGAAUAAAAAUAUGAGAACGGAAACAAGAAUGAGUGAACCUUGGACAGAAGUGGACAGAAGUGAGUUACAAGAUGUUGCGCCAGCUCACGGUGAGCUUAGUGUGUAUCAGCUCACGGUGAGCUUAGUGUGUAUCAGCUCACAGUGAGCUUGUUAUAUAGCGGCUCACUGUGGGAACAACGUGUAGGUGCACACAGUAAGGUCGUAGUACAUGAUUAUGGUGAGUUCUCCUCGCAGCGAUCAGUAGUGAUGGAGCUCCUGUGUGGGGUCCCCAAACCCCAGCGGCGCUGGGGAUCGACCUGGGGCAGGGCCAGCACUGGUAAGGGUGGGGCCAGCAAGGUCGACCUGGGGCGGGGGUGGGGCAGCAUCAGACGCUCAGCCACCAUGCCUGCGUCAGGCUCCUACCUCAACAAGUCUUCCCGCUCCUCACCUCAAGCUUACCGCCGCCACCUGCUGCCCUCUACUCUUCCCUCGAGGCUGCCCGCAAGCAGUGCCCAGCACGACGCCCUAGACCCCUAUAGUGAGCCACUAUGCCCCUCCGUGACGCUGGCACCGGCAGGUAAGGAUGUGGUCCUGGCUGACGAUGUUGGAGAGCCUGGCACUCUCCGUCGCUCACAAACGCUCCCACUAGGAGCUCUACGGAAGCCCCCGACUUGUCUAAGUAGCACUGUUGCUUCCUUGAAGCGCGAGGGAUCCCUCAGGCGUCGGGGAGCGCCUGUCCGCGACUCCCUCAAGAAGAGUAGCAGUCUUCCUAAAGACCUGACACGCCAGCAAUGUGCCAGCAGCCUCAGUACGACUAAUAACACGAAGGACAGUGAGAAAGACCAUAGUGACAGUAGUAGUAGUAGUAUUCUUCCCUGUGAUGGUAAAGUAGUGUCCAGCUCGCAAGGUAAAGUCGGCCUUGGUGUUGGGAACACUGUGAGUCCUUUUAGGAGAACCCUGACAUUGCCUCCGGGAGCAAUAUGCAGACGUUGUCCCGGUUCAAGGACCACCGCAGAGAGACGAAAAAUUGCGUUUGUGCAUUCGAAAACAGAUUCGAACGAAAGCGACAACAAAGACAACUUAAACAGCGUUGGAGGUGACUCUGCGAGCGAUGGUAGUCAAGCCACGUCCAUGUGGAGAGGCAAGAGAAACUCGACCUCAUCCACCAUGUCAGGUCUGUCUCGCCUCACCUCCACCACCACUACUGACGAGGGCGUGUGUGUGUACAGCGAAGCUGGAAGUGUGGCCUCCUCCUCCGUGUACGGCAGUGUGCGUGGCGGGGCGUGGAGUGGCAGCAGUGUGGACGAGGGUAUCAGUGUCUACAGCGCCCCCUCCCUCGCCUCCUCAGGAGAUCUCAGCUCUGCCGCCAGCCUCUACCAGGGUGCCGGGGCGCGGCCCAAGGUUCGUACCCCGCCUGUGCUGCAAGGUAUAUUCCAGAAAAAAGAAGGGCAAGAAGAGGAUGAUGAGAAGUGCCUGCGGUGCCAACGUGAGGCUGUGACAGGUAGCAGUGGCCCGCUGCGGCGCGUCCGCAGCCUGCGCACACCGCGACACCUGCCCGUCACCCCUACUCUUCUGCGUCUCCUGCAACUGGGUCUGGAGCAAGUGGGCGGCAGUGUGGGUGUGUCCGGCGUGCCCCGGCGUGAGAAGCCACACCCACCCAGGAUAGACGCCCACCGCUUCUCCAGGGCCAACCUCGAGGAUUCUGGAGAUGUUGAAUUAGACACCAUCCUUGGAGAGCUGUGUGCCCUGGAAACUCAAUUUGAGUUUGAAAUCUCCUCCAAGAGUUCCACCUCAGCUUCCAAUCUAACCUUACCUUCUACAAGAACAGCUACUUCUGCUACUCAUAUUAUAGAUAAGAUGCAGCCCAAGCAGCAGCAGCAGCAGUCACAGCAAGCACCAUUGCAUGCACAACAACAAAGACAGAGUCACUCUCGUAGUAACUCUGGAAACACAAGACAAAAAUUUGAACCUCUGAAUGUAGAAAUAGAUGUAUCCACUACUAACAUGGCUCGAACAGACAGCCCUGACAAUGAUUCAGCAUUUAGUGACAAUGUUUCUAUGUUGUCUUCGGAAAGUUCUGCAUCGAGUGGUGCUUCUGGUAGUGCUGGCUCAAGACACGAUCCCAGCAAACAUGUUUCACAGACCCUUUUCCUGACGUUACCUCAGCUGGCUGAUCUGCUGAAGGAUUGUGGGUUGGACAAGGUGGAACAAGCUGCAAAGCUCAAAGCUGAAAAGAUUAAAAUGGCUUUAGAGAAAAUAAAAGAGGCUAAUGUGAAAAAGUUAUUUAUUAAAGCCUUCACAUCAGAUGGGUCAACAAAAUCAUUGUUAGUUGAUGAAAAGAUGACAGUUGUACAUGUGACAAGGCUGCUGGCAGAUAAAAAUCAUGUGAGGAUGGACCCAAAAUGGGCAGUAGUGGAACAUAUUCCUGAUCUUUAUAUGGAACGAAUAUAUGAAGAUGAUGAAAUGCUAGUAGAAAAUCUUCUUCUUUGGACACGCGAUAGCAAAAACAAGCUUCUUUUCCUGGAGAGACCUGACAAAUAUGACUUGUUCCUGCGGCCAGAGCAAUAUAUCCUUAUUGGGUCAUCAUCGCAGAAGAAUUCUGAUCUGGACGAUGAAGGAAGAAGUACACUUAUUGAGGAGUUCUUCUCGAGUACAGGUGUAGGUGUUCCUGAAGUUGAAGGUCCUCUCUUCUUGAAGUCUGAAGGCAAGAAAGUGUGGAAAAAAUAUUACUUUGUCCUUAGAGCCUCAGGACUGUAUUAUUGUCCUAAGGGCAAAUCCUCUCGCUCCUCCAAGGAUUUAGUUUGUCUUACUACUCUGGAAGUAAAUCAGGUAUAUUAUGGAGUUGGGUGGAAGAAGAAGUAUAAAGCUCCAACAGACUGGUGUUUUGCUGUCAAGCAUCCUCAUCUGCAAGCAAAGAGUAGCAAGUACAUAAAGUACCUGUGUUCAGAGGACCCACGCACCCUUGCUCAGUGGGUCAUGGGUAUUAGAAUUGCUAAGAGUGGAAGACGACUCCUUGAAAAUUAUCGAGCAUUAGUUGAAGACUUGGCCCAGGAGGACAUUGACAUGCUGGCUUCUUCAAGAUCUUUCAGCAUAGCUUCAAUGGCAGGGCAAAGUGGCAUGGGUGGAGGAUCGCGUGGGGCAUCCCAGGCCACUACGCCGUCCUCUGAAUCCCGUUCUCUAGACUCUUGCUUGGCCCCAAGUCUCGCACCAAGUGUUGCUGAUGGGGAAGAAGGCGAUGACGAUGCACAGUCUUCAGCUGGGUCAUCUUCACAAGAUACUCCAGUGAACACAUUAGGCCGUCCACCCGUCUGGCGGCAGGACAGCCUCAAGAGUGGAUCUUCCAGUAGUUCAAGUGGUUGUUUAAGUGAACGUUCGUCAGCAGGUACUCCAACUGGGGAGCAUGGAUUUGAGUCAGAGUUUCCACAGGGAACUAUUAAAAGGAAGCCAUCCAAUAACCCCAAGCUUCCCCUUACAUCAACUACAAGACUACUUGUUAAGGAAGUGGAAGGAGAAGAUGUCAUAGACUCUGCUUCAGGGCGAGGAACAAUUCGCCAGUGUGCGCGUCGCUCACUGACAGACGAAGUUAACACAUUACGCAGACGUAAUUCCCAGUCACGAACCAGUGUUAGUAGUAGUAGUGCAUCAAGUAAUAUCAUAAGUACCAGUAGUAGUAUGUCAAGUCCAGUGCCUCAAGAGGAGGAGAUGGAUAGUUUGCCAUUACCACCACCACCACAUGAACUGUCUGAAUGUGCCAUGGAAUGUUUGCCGCCACCACCACCAGAAUUACUGGCAUCAACCCUCAGCCUUAAUUCACUUCCUCCUCCACCUGAUGAGGAUUCUUUGCCACCCAUCAAUCCAGAAGAUCUCAUGAUGGCCAGCAUCACUUCAUUACCACCACCACCACCACCUAGUCCACCAAAACCAUCUAGUCCACCUCAUUCAGGAGUGCCACCACUCCCACCACCGCACUCAAGUUUACCAUCACAAACUAAUGUGCCACACCCUCCACCCCAUGGUCUGCCAUUACCUCUACCCAGUACACCUAAGUCAACUAAGCCAAAGGGUGCAGAUUCACCAGUGUAUGGUGGCUCCCCUAUUUAUCAAACUGCAGGUUCUCCUGUUUAUCAAACAUCUGGUUCACCUAUAUACCAAUCUACUGGUUCACCAGUUUAUCAAUCGGUGACACCACCUGCAGUAGCACCAAAACCAAAGCGGGACUUGAAUGAAUCAAUGACCUAUGUUUCACCACCAUUCUUGGUUGAAUUGCGUGCUCAUAAUGCCAAUGUAGGGCCUAACUCGCAACCAGCCUCACAUUCAUCCAGUCAUAAUGGUGGCUGGCAUCCAGACUCUCCAUUACCACCACCACCACCUUCUCCUCCUCCACACCAACCAGUGUAUGCACAGCCACAAAAGAGUCCACAGAAAAAAGUCAAAAGAAUUACUUUCAUGGAUGAUGUACAGAAUAUACCUCCAACACCCGAGUCCCCAACUGCAAAACCACCUCUUCCACGACGUUCAGAAUCCACGAGGCUGUCGAUAAAUCCAGGCCGUUUAGAUAGUCCAGGGAACAAGAUUACUCCACCAAGGUCUUUCUUAAAUAAUCUGCAACGUGUAAUGCAGAAAAAGUGGCAAGUAGCACAGAAAUGCAAAGACUUUGAUAAAAUGCCUCAUGAAGUUUUGGGAUUUAGAGAUCCAAUUUUGCCUAGUGAAGCAGAACGGAAUGUUGGGGCUUGGAUUCAGGAACAUUAUGGCAGUUUAUAUGAGAACCUUUCUCCGCAUGGUAUCCCUCCUAGUGCUGACUCUGUAGAUGCAGCAUUACCAAUUAAUAGCCACACUUUGCAACCUUCACCCCCACCACAUGCUGAUGACCUGCACCGCUUAUCCCAGACUAUGCCUGGGAGGAAGAAACCGCCACCACCUCCACCAAAACGAUCAGACUCGACACAUCUCAGUACACGGCAAUGACGACUGCGACAUUAGUGGCCACUUGUCUUGUUACACGUGUUACCCCACUUGCACCUGAAAGGAGGCUUAAUGUUAUUAUUACAUAUUUAAGAUUGUUACUUAAUGUUGCCACUGUUCAUAGUUUCCUUAUGGUAGCAAAGCAAUGUUGAGGAAAUUGGCUUUCUCACCAACCUUUCUGCAGGGUGCCUCCAGUCUAACUGGAAUGGGCAACUGUAAAGACUUCAGAAGUCAGUAGUAUAUUUCCAUUUAAAUAUGAAUUUAUAUUUCUUAAUGUCCUUAUUGACGUAAAUUACCUUUAAAUCAUAAUAUUAAGGAGAUUGUUACAUGUAUUGUGGUGAGCUUGGUGGUUUUGUCCAAUGGUGCUACAACCAGGUCUGGUUACUAAACAGCAGUGGUAAGGUUUCCAUGUGAGCAUGGAACUAGUUAGGUGUUGCCUUUGGAUAAAUAGCAUGGGCUUUGUGAGAGACUUGCAGUUAUUUGUGCCAGCCAGGAAGUUGGCAUGAGAUGCUGUACACCCAGGCUUAGACUCCUCCAUCAUAGUUUUACAUCAGCUAACACUAAACCAGCCAUCUAGACACAACAGUAUCAACACACAAAAGGAUAUAUGGAAUUUACAAACUGGUUUUUGAAAUAUGGUCAGUGCUGCCACAUGCAUGUUAGACUGUACUAUGAACUAGCAGCAAGUAGUUAAUGUUGGAUAACUGGUGAUUACAUGUCAGUUUUUAUAACAGACAAUUGACAGCCUUGGAUACUAGUUGGUAUUCAUUUUGUGUUCUGACCAGUUAGUUACAAAACCAAAUGUGUAAAGGUGUAUAUUGUACAUUGGAUAAGUUUUUUGUAUUUUUUGUAAAGAUGUUAAGCUGACCCAAAAUCUACAGGAAUGUGAUGGGUCAGGAAUUUUUUACAUUUUUACUGUAACAAUUUAUUUUUUAUGGUUUAAUGUGUUUGAUAAUGUGUAUACAAAUUUUUCUUGCUUUUCUUUGACUGUUUUCUGUCCAUAAUGCUUCUAUGUGCAGUUAUGAGUCCUGUAAAAAGUAAAUUGGGUGAAUGUAUGUUUUUCAUGUAAUUAAAUAAUAAGUACAUGUUACUGCCUGCCAGAUUAUUUUAUGUAUGAUUGAUCCAUCCAUUUUCAACUUCUUUCAUGUUUCUAAACUACUUAAGGGUUUCCUCUGCUUUAAAAAUAAUUUUAGUCUUGAUAAAAAUUUCAAUUAUGAAAUUUAUGAUUAAAAUGUGAUCUAUGAUGGGAAACAAAUUGUAUACAUGUAAAUGCUAAGAAAAUAUUUCUAGUACCUGCAAGAACAUAUUGUUCAUCAAGUAAUCUAGUUGUCAAAAUUCUCAAGUACCUGUUAAGCACACAACGCAUGCCAUUGGGGAUUAAGGCAGAGGAUCCUACGGGUAAUAGUUUCUUGCAGUUUGUGUUGCAUUUAAAUAAAUAGAUUGGUCAAUUAAAAAAGCAACCUUUGACAGGCUAAUGACCAUCAAGUAUA